AUGGAGCACAGCAGGUUUCUGUUAGGCCUGGUGCUGGCUGCUCUUCUCCCUCAAGUAAGCUUCUUGAAGAUAGUUGUGGAGGAACAUGAAGACCAAGUGAUUUUGAGUUGUGAUGGCAACUUCAUUGAGACAGCCGCAACACAGGGAAUUCUGUCGCCAGACAAAACAAAGCUGAACUUGGGAAAACGCAUCCAGGACCCACGUGGAAUAUAUGAGUGUAAUGGGACGAAAGGCCAAUCUUUUACGCAAGUACACUAUCGAAUGUGUCAGAAGUGUGUGGAGCUGGACUCAGCCACCCUGGCGGGCAUCAUUGUCACUGACAUCAUCGCCACUCUGCUCCUCGCUUUAGGGGUCUACUGCUUUGCUGGACAUGAGACUGGAAAGCUCUCUGGAGUUGCUGACAGUCAAGCUUUGCUGAGGAAUGAUCAGCUGUAUCAGCCCCUCAGAGAGCGGGAGGAUGCUCAGUACAGCCAUCUUGGAGGAAACUGGCCUCGGAACAAGUGA